AUGGAUAUAUGGGCUUGGAGAAGAGACGGAGAAAACUUUAGUUGGGUACAUGAACACCAAGAUACCAUUCCAUUCGACGACGAUGAAGAUGAUGACUUGGUUUUAGCCAUGACUUCAUCGAAGAAUCUGAUCUUAUGUAUGACUCUGACACAUUGGUUUUCUUAUGAUGUGGGUACUAGAAUCUGGAGGAAGAAAAGGGAGAAGUUUGCUAAAUUUGCGUAUAUUUCUGUGUUGCCUUUCACCGAGAGCGUUCUUCCAUGCAAUGGCGGUGUGAUGCUGUAG